AUGGGAUCUGAUAUACACGAACGAAGACCUCUCCGUGAAGACCAGGAUCAGGAUGAUGAUGAAGAUUCAAUCUCUGUAGAUCAUGAUGAACUUGAUGAAAUCAUUGCCGACAACGAAACAGUUGCAUCGAAGGCUAGUGGGUCUACUUCGAAACACGCAAGAAAGAGACUUUUUGCAGCUUUUAUGAUCUUCGGUCUACUAAAUAACGUACUCUACGUAAUUAUACUUUCAGCAGCUCUGGAUCUGGUAUCAUCGUCAACUCCUAAAGGCGUAGUAGCAUUAUUCAAUAUCUUUCCUGCGCUUUUGACUAAAGUAGUAUGGCCAUUAGUAUCGAAUGGGAAGAUUAGGUAUGCCAGAAGAGUCGGAUUAUGUACAUGUAUAAGUUGGUUGGGUAUAAUGACAAUAGCAUUCUCCAAUUCACUCGCUCCCCGUUUAUUGGGUAUAUCUUUGGCAUCACUUUCAUCUGGAUUAGGCGAAUUGACUUUUUUACAAUUGACAACUACUUUACCUACAACCUCAACAUCCAAAACGGCUUUGGGAGCCUGGUCUAGUGGGACUGGAUUCGCUGGAAUUGCAGGUGCCGGUAUCUGGUGGUUAUUAAGAGGUUUAGGUGUUAAAGGUGGUUUAGGUUUAUCAAGUGUAUUACCAUUGUUUUUCCCGAUAACAUAUAAAUUCCUCUUACCGCAUUUCUCUGAACUUGAUUCACAUUCGGAUCCGCUUGGUUCUUCAAACUUAGGUCAAUAUCAACCUAUUUCUUCGAAUGACAUUCCACCUUCAAUAUAUAUAACACCACCUUCACAAGAUCCGAUCCCGCAACUCAAUUCAAAUAGUCUUAGAGCGCAAGCGCAAGUGCAAUUGCAAGAGGAGGAGGAAGAAGAAGGUCAGGAUACCAAAUUGCCUGGAAUGAGAAAUUAUAAUCUACGUUUAAGUUCCAAAGAGAAAUUGGAUUUACUCAAACCUUUAUUAUUGAGAUAUAUGGUUCCUCUCUGUGCUGUGUAUGUGGAAGAAUACGUUAUUAAUUCUGGCAUAGCACCGACUCUAGUAUUCCCUUUGCCAACAUAUGGAAUCUGGUCGAAAUUGUUCAAAUCACCAAGAGAUUAUUAUCCAUUCUGGUCAUUAACAUACCAAACAUUCGUAUUCAUUUCCAGAUCUACAUUAUCACUAUCGAUUCCACCUAUCCCACUGACUUUCUUGCCCUUACCAUCUAUAAUCCAAUUUAUAGUUUUAUCAUUACUUUAUCUCCAAUCAAAGUAUUUUCUAUUCACUUCUUCUUCAUACACUCCGCCAAACACACCUACCGGAGAUCAAGAUCAUGGGAUUGAUCAAACGAUUCCUAUAGCAUUCAUGUUGAUCUGCGUGGAAGGUCUAUGCGGUGGUUUGGCAUAUGUUAAUACUUUCUAUCAUGUCGCAAGGGAAGGGGAUAUAGAUGGAAGCGAAGAAAAUCUUAACGCCGAGGUGAAUGUCAAAAGAGGUUUACAAAGAGAAUUUAGAAUUGGUGCUGUUGGUGCUGCCGACUCAACUGGCAUAUUAUUCGCUUCACUCAUAUCAAUGCCACUAGAAAUAAGCCUGUGCAACUCACAGAUAGAACAAGGUAGAACUACUUGUAGAGAUUUGUGA